AUGUCCCAGCAGCAGGAUUCCAUACUGGCGGAAUUGCGGAGUCUUCGCAUCGAGAUGAAUAAUAAAUUCGAAAAACAGCAAUUGCACCUGGAGACGUACAAUACUACUUUGACAAGUAUUCAGCAUGAUAUAAAUAAUGUCAAAGUGACUUUUUCCAAGAUACGUGAAGAAAUGGAUGGUAUAAUUACAUCUAUGAAGUUCCUAUCUGAUAGUCACGAUGACCAAAUAAAGAUAAACGAGGAAAAUAAAACAACUAUGUCUAAAUUAAUCAAGGAAAACUCUGCACUACAUGCUCAACUAUCGGAAGUGACAAGUGCAUUGGCCCUAAUGGAUCAGAAGACUAGAGAUUGCAAUCUCGAAAUCCAAUGUGUGCCAGAAUACAAAAACGAGAAUAUCUUAACUGUUGUGAAGCAACUUGCAAAAACAGUGUCCUUUGAACUACAGGAAGGAGAUAUCAAAGACUUUCACAGAGUAGCUAAAUUGAAUACGGAAAGCAAGCGGCCUCGUAACAUUGUUGUUAAGCUCGGAAGCCCACACAUAAGAGACAACUUUAUCGCUGCAAGCAAAAUCUACAAUAAGAAACACGAGAAGGAGAAACUGAACACAUCUCAUCUGGGGAUUGCUGGUGAUAAGAAUCCCAUUUAUGUCGUAGAACACCUAUCUGUUCUCAACAAAAAACUGCAUGCUGCAGCCAGAAUCACUGCCAAAGACAAAAAAUACGAGUUUGUAUGGAUCAAGAAUGGACGUAUUUUCAUGCGCAAAGACAUAAAAUCGCCAGUAAAGCUAAUUAAAGACUUGAACUGUUUGGACUCUCUUUAA